AUGAGUUUAAAUUCAAUAAUAUCUGGCUUAGAUCAAGAAAGUAAUAUUUAAGGAAGUAGCACCUAAUAAUAUUACAACUAGGAAAUUUAGGAAAGCAUCUCGAAAGAAAAUGUAGAACCUCAUUUGAUAUUAGCAGAUUAACAAGCAGUUGAUAUUUUUGUAUCAAUUCAAACUAAUAUUCUACAAUCAACUGCAUCAAAUAACAAAUAAGCUUAUGAAGAAAAAAGUGAAAAAUUCUCAGAAAAUAAUACUUCUGCGAACAAAGUUUUAUCUGAUUUAAUAAACAAACCAAUUACAAGCCAUGAUUCUCUUGGAUCAUCAGCUAAAAGUUAACAAACCUCUUCUCCAUCUUCACAAAAAUUAGAAGUUGAAGGAGAAGAUAAUAAAGAAAAUGAAUCUGUUAACACAUCAAUACUAAGUAACAUUUAAAAUAAUUUAUGUGCUCCUAUAUCUCCUUGUGCUACAAACUCUCCUUCAAGAUUGCUAAAACUCACAAUAAAUAGCAGAUCUUCAUCCUCAUCUAAAUGUAACUAAAAAAAUGAUGAAAAUGAAAUUUAAAACAGUAAAAGCGUGUCAACAAAAAACUCUCCCUAAACUUUAAAUAAUACCAAUAGUCUGGUAUUAAACAAUUGUACAAAUUUAAACAAGCAAUCAAAUUAAUAACUCACUCAGUCUAGUUUGUAAAAUGUUAUUUCAUCGCCAUUCAAAGAAAGAGAUUAAAACAAAGAUAAUUAACAUUCAGUUUUGCCAAAUACAUAAAAUCAAUCCUCUAAUUCAAGAAAUAGCUCUUCAGAAAAAAAGCAAAUUGACCAUCAAAUUUAAUAAGCUAAUAAUACCCAAAUUAAAUAAGAAAUUUAGAAUAUAAAUUAAAUUAAUGAACCGUUGAUAGUUUAAAAAGAUUAGAACUGUUUAUUUUCAGAUUAAGAAAAAUCAUCAGAACAAUUCUAAGAUUUAAAUGAAAAUUAGAUUGAAAGCUCAAAUUAACAAAACAAACAUACUGAGGAUAUAGAAUAUGAGUAAUUUGAAGAUUAGUAUGUAAAAGAAUCAGAAAAUUCAUUACAAGAAAAUGUUGAAGCCCUAGAAAAAAUUGAAUGUUAUUAAAUAGAUGAUUUUUAAGAUGAUAAUUAGGAAUAUUUUAAUGAAAAUAUUGUAAAUAAAAAUGAAAAAGAAACAACCUAAAUUAGAGAUAUCAGUAAUAUUGAAUCAGUAUAUUCAUCUCUGAAAGUAGAUAAACCUGAUUAAAACUAAGAAUUAAUUAGUUAAGAAAUAUAGGAAGAAGAGUUACUAACAAAUUAAAUUUCACUUAAAUAGGAAGAAUCUAAUAUGAGUGAAUUCGAAUAGCAGUAAACAGACGAUGUUAAUAAAAGCGACAAUAAAAAUAACGAAUCUGAAAAAGAAAAUUAAUUUGAAUAAGAUCUAAUUGUUGUAGAUGACGAAGACAGGAAUAUAUAUUAACCUAUGGAAUUGAUAGGAGCCGAAGAAGAUGAAGAGCAAGAGGAGGAAGAUGAAGAAGAAUAAUAGCCAUAAAAAGAAGAAUAAAAAUUAGACUUGUUAAAUUAUGAAGAAAAAGAUUAAAAUGAAAAAGAAAACUAUGAAGAAUACACAAAUAAAGAGAAUAUCGAAUAAUAAUACAGUAACGAUGGUAGUUAAUAAGAAGAAGAAGUCCAAGAGAAGCAAGAAAGAGAAGGAUAAUAGGAACAAAAUAAUGAAGAUGAGCAUGCUGAGAAAAGUGAAACAAUAAGACACCUUGAAAAUUAUCAAAGCAUAAUUAGAGAAACUGAUAGCUACUUGGAUUAAUUAGUGAUGUAUAUUUUAAAAGAGAAAGCUACUUUAACUAAUAUUUAAAAAAGCAUACAAGUUAAUCAUCCUAAGAGAGAUUAUUCUCCUUCUAAUGCUUAAAAAACUAUUAAAUAAUAAAAUACUUAACCAAAGUAAGAUGAAGUUAAAUAAAAGAAGCACUAAGAAGAGAAAGAUGAUUAUCAAUAUUCAUCAUCUUAGAGCUAAAGAGAAGAAGAAAAAGCUCGUAAGUCUUAUUCUUAUAACAGUAGCAGCAACUAAAACAAUUCAUCUAAAUAGUAAUAAUCAUAUUAGCAAUCUUAAUACCCUUCUAAAAGUUACAAUUAACAAACCUAAUACUAACCAGUAGCAAGCAAAAAUCAACAAGUUUACUCACAUGUAAAUGAAAUCCUCUAACUCUCUAUAGAUUCAGUUAAGUUUGGUGUAGUUUUUCCAGGAAAUAUAUUUGAAGAAUAAGUUUAAAUAGUCAACAAAACUAAUGAAACUGUAUUCAUAAAAGUAGUUGGCUUAUGCUUAAAUCCUGAGUUUGAUAGUCAUGGUGAAUAUGUUUACAGCAUUCGUAAAACAAUAAAUUACGAUUACAAUGAAAAGUUGAUGUUUUCCAUUCCUGGAUAUCAAAGUAUUAAAGUCCAUAUAGCAUUGAAAGUCCCAAAUAUAAAUGAAGAAAAGAUAAUUAAGGGUUCAUUUGCUGUAACUGUGAAUGGAUACGAUUCUUAUAUUUCUAUUCCCAUUACAAGUACUGUAGAAAUACCUAAGAUUGUUUGCACACGUUAAUUGUUCCAUGCUUCACGUUCUUCCAAGGUAAUUAAGCUAGCUAUACGCAGAGGUAAAAAAAGUGACUGCAAAAUUCCUUUCAAAAAUACAUAUAGCUAUACUCUUUAAUUAGAACCAUUCUGGCUUAGUGACUAAACCAAUUAAUAGCACGUAACUAAUUUAUAAGAUGGAUCUAUAUGUCCAUUCUAGUUAAACCUCAGUCCAUAAGUUAUCACUGUUCAGCCUAAAAGUCUCUUUAUGAUAAAUUUGCUACUCCGUCCUAACUAACACUUUAAAGACUAUAAUGAAAGGAGAAUGAUGACAGGAGAUAAAACACCUUUACACAUAAAAAAUGUCCUUAUAUUUAGAAUCGUAAAUUCUUCUCUGCUUUUCCAUUAUCCUGUUUCUUUAGAAGUUUAUUGA